GGACUAGACUGCUCACCAACACAUGCACACAGGUUGCUUACACAACUUGUAGUUACAGGCAGUGUCGCAUUCAUUGUCUCUGGGUUGAAAAACUCCAGGAACCUAGGGCAGCAUUUUUAAUACACAUUAUUCUCUCUAGGACUGUUGAUUUUAAUGAAGCAGGCAACAGUUAAUGUGAUUAGUGUGGAGCAUUCAUAACUGUUAGGGAGCCUCCUGCUGUGUCGGAUCUUUCUCUCAUCAACAUCACCAUGAUAUUAAGCAUCGCUCUGAUCUGGGCUGUAGUGGUGGGAUUCUGCUGCCUUCUAUGGCUUGCUGUAGGGAUACGACACAGGCAACCUGGUGAGCCUGCAGUUGAGAAUGGCUUCAUCCCCUACCUGGGUUGUGCUCUGCAGUUCGGGGCCAACCCUCUCCAGUUCCUCCGCAGCCGCCAGAAGAAGUACGGCCAUAUUUUCACGUGCAAAAUCGCAGGCCAGUACAUCCACUUUCUGUGCGACCCCUUCUCUUACCAUUCAGUCAUCAGACAGGGGAGACACCUGGAUUGGAGGAAGUUCCACUUUGCUACAUCUGUCAAGGCAUUCGGCCACGACAGCUUCGACCCUCGCCAUGGCCACACCACAGAAAACCUCCACCAAACCUUUCUGAAGACCUUGCAGGGUGAGGCUCUGCCCUCUCUAAUAGAGACUAUGAUGAGCCACCUCCAGGACGUCAUGUUGAGGUCGGACACACUCAGCCCCAGCAAGGACCACUGGGAGGUGGAUGGCAUCUUUGCUUUUUGCUACAAGGUGAUGUUUGAGUCUGGCUACCUGACUCUGUUUGGUAAAGAGCUAGGUGAAGACAAGUGUCAGGCUCGACAGGCGGCUCAGAAAGCCUUGGUGCUAAAUGCUUUGGAGAACUUCAAAGAGUUUGACAAGAUCUUCCCGGCGUUGGUGGCUGGCCUGCCCAUUCAUGUCUUUAAGAGUGCCUACAGUGCCAGAGAGAACCUAGCAAAGACCAUGCACGCUGAAAACUUGUCCAAGAGGGAGAAUGUGUCUGAUCUGAUCUCUAUGAGGAUGAUCCUGAAUGAUUCCUUAUCUACCUUCAAUGACGUGAGCAAGGCGAGGACCCACGUUGCUCUGCUCUGGGCUUCACAGGCUAACACCUUACCUGCUACUUUCUGGAGUCUCUUUUAUAUGAUCAGGAGUCCAGAUGCUAUGAAGGCAGCUCUUGAGGAAGUGCAGAAGGUUUUGGAGGAUGCAGGUCUGACAGUUAACCCCAACGACCCCACACUGAACCUCACCAGGGAGCAGCUGGACAACACACCUGUUUUGGACAGCAUCAUCAAAGAAGCCAUGCGUCUUUCCAGUGCUUCAAUGAAUGUGCGUGUUGCCAAGGAGGACUUCCUGCUUCACCUUGACAACCAAGAAGCUUACCGUAUAAGGAAAGAUGACGUCAUUGCCUUAUAUCCACCCAUGCUGCACUACGAUCCAGAAAUCUACGAAGAUCCCUAUGAGUACAAGUUUGACCGUUUCCUGGAUGAGAAGGGUCAGGAGAAAACCACUUUUUAUCAUAGCCACCGGCGGUUGCGUUACUUCUACAUGCCCUUCGGCUCUGGGGUCACCAAAUGCCCUGGCAGAUUUUUUGCGGUGUAUGAGAUCAAGCAGUUCCUGACUCUGGUGCUUUCCUACUUUGACAUGGAACUAUUGGACCCUGCUAUCAAAGUCCCGCCUCUUGACCAGUCCCGUGCUGGCCUGGGAAUCCUCCAGCCUACCUAUGAUGUGGACUUCAGGUAUAAGCUGAAAUCAAACUUCUAGGUCCCUCUGUCUAUGUCAGGCAGUGAUUGAAGUACAUAUUGUACAUAGCGUAUAUUUAACACUGUUAAUGAAGAUGCCUUGAUAUAUAUGUAAAUAGCCUGAAUUAUAUUUUUUGUUGCUUUAAUUUGCUGCUGAAGAACAUCUAUUCUGCACUUAUGGGAUGAGCCCUUACAAACUGUUAAACCCUUCAGUGUAUCUAGUAAUGUGCCAAAAACUUCCUGUCUGUUGGACCAGGGCUGUGAGACAUCCAACACCUCAGAGUAAAAGUACUGGUUAGGUUUCAGUUCUUGUGGAAAGACAAGACAGGAUACACUUCUUCUGCUUACCAUAAAAGUGUUCUUGCAUGUUUGGUCCAUGUAAUGUAGAGAGUAAGACCAACAGUUUUUCAAAGCAAAUGGUGCAGACUCCUUACAUCACUCUACAACUACAGCAAAAAGACAAACAAUCACAGUGAUGACUGUUUCAAUCCCUACCCCUGACCCCUACCCUGACAUAACAACCAAAACAAUCUAUUAUUAUUUGGAUUUUUAUUUUUUUUUUAUUAAUUCAGUUGCCUGUAUUAUAUUAAAAUUAUAGGGAUUUAAAAUAUAACGUACAUGAUCUCAUGACCUUUUUAAUUCAAUAUGAAAUUAUUAAGCAUCACAUUAUCUAAAGCCUGGCAGAUAAAUACAUUUAAAAAUGGAAAGUUCAAGAAAAAAGUCUUAUUAUGUGUUAAGUAUAUGUGAUUUGCAGUUAAGAGACUAAACAUGCAAAAACACUGGUAUGCUCAUUUCACCUUUAGAACUUCUGGUGAUUGACAUGUCUGCACUAUAUAUAUAUAUAUAUAUUAUAAUAUUGAGGAAACGUGUACUUGUGUACUGUUUUAGUUUUGCCCAUAUCCCAUCUGCUAACAUAACCUUUACAGUAGCCAACUACCAGGAGGGUGAACGAGAUAAAGAUGCAAUCACCUCGUGUGUGAUAAAUCGAACCCUUUAGAAUAUGUAGGACAGUUUAAUUGCAAAGUGUGGCAUCAUACAAAGCAGCAGUUUUACAAAACAAUUGACAUACGGUGUAUUAUUGUGCAGAUAAUAAUGCAAAUAAACAAGUACUCUAGGUAAGACUUUAAAAAGG